UCCUCAUCCCCUCAGCUUCUCAAGUCUCCAGCAGCACUCUUUCCCAGCACCCGGCUUUUCUUUCCCAAAGGACUCUCUGCCAGAUCUUUAGCAACAGAAAUCACUCUUUUUCCAAGACACUCUUCGUUAUUCCAACAUGCAGAUCAAGGCCCUCAUCGUCGCCCUCUUCGCCGGCAUCGCCAUGGCUAUGCCCACCGACCCGCCCAAGCACGGCGGCGGCGGCGGCACCACCCCUCCCCCCACCGGCGGUGACGGCGGCAGCGGUGGUGGAAAGUACGACCCCUGCCAGGGCAGCGGAGCCUACAACAACGCCCAGUGCUGUGCCACUGACAUCCUCGGUCUUGCCAACCUGGACUGCGCCCCUCCCCCGUCUCUUCCGACCUCGUCCAGCAGCUUCACCUCCAUCUGCGCCGCGAAAGGUCAGCGUGCUCGCUGCUGUCUGCUCCCUGUUCUUGGACAGGCACUUCUCUGCCAGGCACCCAUCGGCCAUUAAACCAGCCGUUCUGUACAACCAAGAGUAUUAUUCCGCUGCUGGAUGACUCCUCGAAGAAUUCCAAGUCUUUUUCCACAUUAGUCGAGGAUAUUGUUUGGGGGGAACAAAUUCCUUUGUUGAAGCCCAGCUUCUGUUCUCCCCCAAGCUUUCAUCCCCUUCCUUCUCCUUUGGCUAAUUGUUACCGAAAGACGCUGUUUGACUUUUACGCACCUCACACUUAUCGCAACCUCACACGGGAAACCGGUUGGCCUCGGUUUCUUUUCACGCUCCUUAUGAUGAUGAUUUACACUGGUUUUCUUUCCUUAUCCGCCGGGGUGCUGGGGAUAUAUUUCUUUUGUUACAAGGUGCAAAAUGGGGGAAACUGCGCAGUUGGAUUUCUUAUCAUGGGGAGCUAGUUAGGUCCCUUUCUUACAGAAAUACAAAGAACCCGUUUAACGCCA